AAUGAGAAGGCCGUGAACAAUGUUCAAACAAAAAGGCCGUGAGCAACGAAUGGGCAUCCAACUUAGAAGAAGCCCACGAGACAGUUUCUACGACAGCGGGCAAAAGAAAAAAAAACUGGCGUCCCGCCAUUGGCUCAGCGCAGCGCCUUCUCCCUCCCUAUCCUCAUCUACUCCAAACGGAUAACCCGCUGGCGGGUGCAGUGCCAUUCCCGCUCCUCCCUCUCCCCCAUCCGGAAUCCUCCAUGGCGACUCCUCUGCCCACCGGCUCAUUCUCAGCAUGUCGCCUCCAACCAAGGAUCCGGGCGUUGCAUGCCACUAAGCCGCCGGUGCAGAAUGCUGGCGCGGCAGCGGCAGCGGCAGCGUGCGCUCCCGUCCGGCGGGGCAGCAGCCACCGUACUGGCGCGACCAAGAGCAGCCUGUCCACGGUGUGCGAGCCGCUGGGGCCCGACCGGCCCGUCUGGUUCCCCGGCACCGCCCCUCCGCCGUGGCUCGACGGCAGCCUUCCGGGAGACUUCGGAUUUGAUCCUCUGGGAUUCGGAUCGGAGCCGGAGUCGCUGCGGUGGUUCGCGCAGGCGGAGCUGAUGCACGGCCGGUGGGCGAUGCUGGCGGCGGCCGGGAUCCUGGUCCCGGAGGUCCUGCACAAGUGGGGCUUCAUGGAGGAGUUCUCCUGGUACACGGCCGGCGAGCGCGAGUACUUCGCGGACCCGUGGACGCUCUUCGUGACGCAGAUGGCGCUCAUGGGGUGGGUGGAGGGCCGGCGGUGGAUGGACUACCUCAACCCGGGGUCCGUGGACAUCGAGCCGCGGUUCCCCAACCGCAAGAACCCCACCCCGGACGUGGGGUACCCGGGGGGCCUGUGGUUCGACUGGGGCAACUGGGGCCGCGGCUCGCCGGAGCCCGUCAUGGUGCUCCGCACCAAGGAGAUCAAGAACGGCCGCCUCGCCAUGCUCGCCUUCGUCGGCUUCUGGUUCCAGGCCGUCUACACCGGCCAGGGCCCCCUCGACAACCUCUUCGCGCACCUCGCCGACCCCGGCCACUGCAACAUCUUCUCGGCGUUCACGUCCCACUGAUCGUGGCAGAGUGGCCAACGGUGUUGCUAUGGCAGAAGGUUUUUGCGGUGAACUUGAGCACUAAGGCUUUGGGGGCGUCAUCUUGCCCGUUGGAAAAUGUGAAUAUUACAGUGGAAAUGAGCCGGGGAAGAUGCUUUUAGUGAUACACCUCUGUAUAAUGAAAUACUCCCACUAGGCCAAAACAAAAUGCUACUACCACCACAGGCCAAACAGUAACAUCAGAAUCGUACAACUGUUAUACUUC